GUUGGAUGGAACAACCAUUCAAAUUGUCUACAACAAAAAAUAAUGCUGGAGGCCCCAGCAUUCAACCAGAGAACGUGGUGCCCCAACAACUACAAUAAUUGAGAAAGUUACGGUUAAAAUGCCAAAGCAAAAGCUUACAACCUUGUCAGAGAAGAAUUGUACGUCUAUGCGGAGUAAUUAUUAAUGCUCCUUUCUUCAUAGCCAAUUAUACUAAGCCUAGAUAAUAUUACCAGUUCCUGGCUGCAAAAAACCUUCCAAACCAUCUUGAUCUCAACACUGAAUCCAGGGCAGAAAAAAUGGCCGACCCUGUUACCGGUGCAAUAGUUCAGGUCGCCUUGCAAACGGCACUGUCUCUUGCCUCUUCUGGGAUUGGGAGUUUACUUGGGUUCAAGAAGGAUGUGGACAACAUUAGACAAUCUCUUACCUUUAUCAAUGCUGUCUUGGCUGGUGCCGAGGAAAGGCAACAAAACCAGGGCCUGGCAACUGAGGAAAGGCAACAAGACCAGGACCUGACAACUAAGGAAACUCAAGAAUGGUUGAAGAGCCUCGAAGAGUUUGCUUAUAAUGCUUGCAAUGUGUUGGAUAAGCUCCACUAUGAAUCUCUUCGUCACAAGGUGGAGUCCCGAAACCCACACAAGCUGAAGGUACGCUGCUUCUUCUCCUUCUCUAAGUUUAAUCCAAUUCUUCGCUGGAGAAUGGUUUGUAAGUUCAGGGACAUCAAACUUAACUUGGAUAACAUCUAUAACCAAGCCAGGGUAUUCGGGGGGCCAUUGGUGAGAGGUGGCCUCCCUGCUGCUGUUGGAGACACAAGAAGUCGGCAGCCCACCGACUCUGUUCCUCCUGAGCUAAUAUUUGGAAGAGACAAUGACAAAUCAAAUAUAUUGGAGAUGUUGUUGGACGAAUCUAAUCAUAAGUUUGUAUCCGUUAUUCCCAUAACUGGCGAGGAAGGGUUGGGCAAAACAAAUUUGGUUAAAUCAAUAUACAACCACCAGAGAAUGGGGAAAUUUGGCGUAAAGUUGUGGGUUUGUGUAUCGAAAAGAGUUUCAAUAGAGGAGCUUUUCAAACUCAUUUUAUUGCAAUUGACGGUAGAAAAGGUUGACAGGGAAAAUAGGAAUGGCAUCGUUGGAAAAAUUGGGAAGCAACGACGGGGAAAAAGAUUUGGCGAGGACGAUAGGAAUGCCAUUGUUCAACAAAUUGGAAGUCAAUUACAGGGAGAAAGAUAUUUCCUAGUCCUUGAUGAUGUGUGGGAUGAUAAUCCGAAAUUGUGGGAUGACUUAUUCAUCACCUUGGAGAGAAUCAAUCAAACCAUUGGAAGCUGGUGUCUUGUCACCACUCGUUCAGAUUCAGUGGCACGUAGUGUGUCUGUUGCUUUGAGGAGAGAACAUGAAGUCUAUGCCUUAAGAAAACUACAUGAUGAGGAUUGUUGGUAUAUCCUAUUAAAGAAAGCAUUUGGAGAAAAAGAAGCACCUGAUGAACUGGAAAAAAUUAAAGAGAGAAUACUUCAAAGAUGUGAUGGUCUACCAGCUACUGCAUGUCUAAUUGGACUUCAGUUACGUAACUUAGAUUUAAACAAAAAAGAGGAGUCGGGAUCAAUUUUGGAUAAGCUUUUGAGUUUGGAUAAUUUAUCAUCUCCAUCCAUUAAGAAGUGUUUUGCAUAUUGUUCUAUGUUUCCCAAGGAUACUAAGAUAGAACGGGAUAUGCUAAUCGAACUUUGGAUGGCAGAAGGUUUCCUCCCAACAUGUCCUAAUAACCAAACGAUGAUGGAGGAAACUGGAAUGAAUCAUUUGAGAAUUUUAUGGGAGAGUUGGUUGUUGGAAGAAAUAAGACAUGAUUUUUGGGAAGUAUAUUAUAAGAUGCAAGAUGUGGCGCACAAACAUGCAAAGUCAAUGUCAAAGUCUACCAAAGUCAUUAGUGAUAGGGAGACUGGUAAUGUACACAAUGGUGAUCUGGUUCGUUACCUUGCAGUAGACUCACUUGGAGAAGACAGAGAAGAACUUUUUAAGAGUCUAAAAACUUCUUUGCUUCAUACAUUGUUUGUAAGGAGCAGUAGCUCAUCUGGUGAUGUGCUAAUGAAGUUGAAGAAUUUGUAAGUUCUGAAUCUGUCUGGCGUAAGAAAUCAGAAGCUACCAAAGUCAAUUGGCAAACUGAUACACUUGCGGUUUAUUGACUUUUCAGAUUCUGGAAGUGGGACUUUGCCCCAAUCUGUUUGUAAACUCUAUAAUUUGCAGACGCUGAGGCUAAAUAGUGGUACUCUUAAAGCUCUUCCGAAGGAGAUGAGCAAUUUGAUCAGCAUGAGGCAUCUCCACUAUCAGAAUCCUGAUGAUAAAUUUGAAAUGCCAUUGAAGAUGGGGCGGCUGACUUGCCUUCAGACACUAGAGUUCUUCAACGUCGGUCGAAAGAAGGGUCGACGAAUUGGAGAGCUUGGAUUCUUGAAAAACCUCAAAGGCAAAUUAGUUAUACGCAAUCUUCAAUUGGUGAAGGAUAAGGAAGGAGCUGAGGAAGCAAAACUAUCUGAAAAGGCAAAUCUAUUUAGGCUGUAUCUUGAGUGGGCCCUUGAUCGAGAAGGCGACGACUACAACGACGUAGAUGUGUUGGAUGGCCUUCCACCCCACCCAAAUUUGGAGGAGCUGAAAAUUCAAGGUUUUAUGGGGGAUCAAUUUCCUCAAUGGUCAAUGGAUUUGCCAACAACACUCCCCAAGUUAGUGAGUUUGGGAUUUGAAAACUGCAACAGAUGCACAGAACUUCCUCCUCUGCAAAACCUCACGUCUCUUAAGGAGCUGACGAUUCAUAAAUGCGGUGGGUUGACGAGUCUGCGCGGUGACAUGCUGCAGUCUUGUACCUCUCUCCAGAAGCUUCGGGUGAUUGAAUGCCACAAUCUUACCUCCUUUCAGCCUGAUUUGCAACACACGCCUUCUCUCUUAGAGGUGGAGUUACGGGGAUGUCCCAAUCUGGAGGAGUUGAAAAUUCGAGGUUUCAUGGGGGAUCAAUUUCCUCAAUGGUCAAUGGAUUUGCCAACAACACUCCCCAAGUUAGUGAGUUUGGGAUUUGAUAACUGCAACAGAUGCAGACAACUUCCUCCUCUGCAAAACCUUACGUCUCUUAAGGAGCUGACGAUUCAUAAAUGCGGUGGGUUGACGAAUCUGCCCGCUGAUAUGCUGCAGUCUUGUAGCUCUCUCCAGAAGCUUCGGGUGACUGAAUGCCACAAUCUUACCUCCUUUCAGCUUGAUUUGCGACACACGCCUUCUCUCUUAGAGAUGGAGUUGUGGGGAUGUCCCAAUCUGAAAACUAGUACGACGCCCCGAGGAUUUGGUUUCCUCACUGGUUUAAGGACACUUUCAAUUGGUCCCUUCUCAGAUGAUGAUGAAGAAGAAAAUUCUCUGGUUUACAACAAAUUUGAUUGGUCUGGAUUGACAUCCUCCUCCUCCUCCUCCUCUUCAUCCACACUUGAGGUACUAAAAUUACGUGGGUUGCCACACAUGAAGACUCUGCCAGGUCAGCUCCGAGAUUUGACCACCCUCAAAUCACUAGCUCUACAUGACUUUGGUGAAGUAGAAACCUUACCCGAUGCCAUAAGUUGCCUCGCCAAUUUAACAUAUCUGUCUAUUGAUGGUUCUCCACUAUUAAAGGAAAGGUUCACUUCUCAGAGCAGCAGCCCCGAUGAGUGGUCCAAGGUUCCUCCUCGUAUUCAAAACAUAAGCAUAGAUGGUCAACCGUUAGUUCGUCAAUAAAUCAAAUCCCAAUGCUUCUUCUCAAUCAUUGACCUUAGGCUCAAAGCUCAACUGGAAAUCUACAAUGGCUGAAGUUGUAGGUCUGGAUUUUGAUUGCUCAGUGACUGUAACUGGCCCGUACAAGCUGCUGGCCAAAAAUUUCUUGCCCCAACUUAUCUGGAGUACUUUAUGAAACCAUCAUUACCAUGGCCUUCUGAUGAUCAUUAUUGGCAUCUUGUUGGCAACAGAGCUCGUAUUAGAGUCACACAUUAACCAUUGGAGUUUUUGCCAACUUUCAAGAGUAACACUGAGGCAGCAUGCUUUCUUGGGAUUUUUAAAUCUGAGCUCAUCCAACUCAGACAACGGUCAAUCGAGGAGGUUUUGCAGCUAUUGGUCAUCAAUUUCAUGUAUUGGUUCAAAAUUUCAUAUUAUGCAUAAAACAAAAGAAAUCGUGUCAUGAUGAAGAUAUUAUUGAGGUAGCCAAGGAAGAUGUACUGUUCAAGCAAUGAAGUUGUACUAUUUUGAAGCAUUCCAGUAGCUAGUCAACCCUGCUUGCUGCUCUUAAUGAAUCCAUCUUGAUAAAGGCUCUUAAGCUCUCUCUGCUUUUAUGAUUGUUGGUGCUACUACUUUUAUGUGAUUUUAGGCCCAAAGCUCAACAGGGAACCUCAUCGAUGGCUCUUACUGUCUUGAGCUUGAUUUGGGGCAAAGCAUGGAUAAGAUAAUGAAGAAGUUUCCAAAUAUCCGCAAACUGAAAUGCGGUCUCGCUGAAACAGAAAAAUCUUGUGGGGAUUGGAACAGGAUUGUGGCAAUGGACUUUCUGAGACGACUGGAGUCAGUGAAGCUGUCUUUUUAGGGUGUGAAAGAGAAGGAUUAUGAGUUCAGUUUCCCCAUGAAUCUAAAAAAGUUGACCCUGGAAGUAUUUCCCUGGAGUAUGAUUCCUCAAUAGGAAGACUACCUAAUCUUGAGGUUCUCAAAUUACUGGGUACAAAAGCUGGUGGGGAAGAAAUAUGGAACAUGGAAGAAGGGGAGUUCCCUAAACUCAAAUUCUUGAAAUUGGAAUUGUUGUGCAUUGUCAGGUGGACGUGCUCCGGUGAUCAUCUCCCCUGUCUUCCGAAAUUGGUUUUGGAAAGCUGCUUGAACUUGGAGGAGCUUCCUUCUUGUUUGGGGGAAAUUCCAACUCUUGAAUUGAUUCAGGUGCAUCGCUGUCCGGGCCAUGUUGGAAGUUUGGUUCAAGAGAUUAAGGAAGAAGAGAUGAACGGGGGAAAUGUGAAUCUGAAAAUCCUUGUCUUAGAUCAAAGAAGAUUGUGAAUACUUCUUUAUGUUUACUUUCAGAUUCAGAGGAAUACUGAGACCAGUCCUUUUUUUAAAAGAUUAGAAGGAUGAGCUCCCUGUAAUGCAUAUAUGUAAAUGAAGAUGCUUUAACAACAAAUCAAUGUAGGUUUUGACAUAUUGAUCACGAAAAUGCUGACUGUGGAUACAAUUUCUUCAAAUGAUUAAACCUGAAAUAUGUUAAA